UCUCGGAGGGAGUGCUCAUGGCAAAGAUGGGCAUGGGCUUUCUUGGUAUAUAACGCCAUGGAUCGUCCACGUUUGAAGCGUUCCUGGAUUCUCCAAAGCACCUGUUCCCAUCCGGCAUUCUCUCCACAUACGCAUUCCAAGUUGCUCGCUUGUUUUUAGAUUUCUCCAUCCGAAUACACCCCUCAACACCAAAGAUAUCCACAUCGUCACACUCACGAUGCACACCUCACUUCUCUCCCUCAUGCUGGCCCCCUUGGCCCUCGCGAGCCCCAUCCUCUCCCGCACCGAUAAGCAGACCUGCUUCUCAACAACCUCGGCUGUAAAGUCAUGGGAGCUCAGAUCCUUCGACUUCCACGCCAACUACAUCUUCUCGACCCCAUCGCACCAGAACUCAUGGGGUUACGUCUCCUUUGUCCUAGAAAACGCCAGUCUCGGCACCAAGACAAAAUGCGAAGCCUCCAGCAGCAGCCUGAACGACUUUUUCUACGGCGAUGUUGACUACCAGUGUGAGGCGCCAGAGGGAGACGUUCCCGAGGGUGCGCCUAGGUUGUCGCAGACCACGUUCCGUUUCGACCGUCCCGGCGGAGAGGUCCAGGUCGCGCAGAGCUGGUAUUGCUUCGACGACCCGCAGUUCCCGUCGAGGAUCACGGCGAAGGGCGCAGAGCACGUCAAGCUCGACUGCGAGGAGACGUAUACCGAGAAUGGUAACUGGACCAUUGGAGAGAUCUACUCGCAGAGGGACAUCACCUGUGGCAUUGUUGACCUGACUGUGCCGGUGAAGGAGAUUGCAGCGGUAGCUUGA